AUGGAGGCGGAGGCGCCGAGUCAGGUGUCUCCUGGAAGCCGACUAGGCAGUCCAGCCAGUGACGACAAUGGAUCGGAAGACGACAACGGAGCGGAGAAUCGGAUCCAAGAGGCAGAGCGCAACCCAGGAGAGUGUCGACAGACAGGGGCUGCGUCGGAAGGACCGUUUCCAACAGUCUCUCCUGGCGUCGAUCCCAGCGACGGUCGAGACAGUCAAACACACUUCGCGUCUGCUCGCAACCCUCCCGGCUGCGCCGGUGCGUCAUUCUCUUCUCUCUCUUCACUUGCCUUCAGCCAGUCCUCCUCCGCCUCCACUUCUUCUCCCUCGCUGACCUCCACUUCUUCCUCUUCUCCCUCACUUGCUUCCGCGUCCUCCUCUUCUCCCUCACUUACUUCCGCUUCUUCCUCUUUUGCUUCUUGUUCUUCUGAGCGUGGACGUCGGGGGGAGGGCGAAGAGCUGCAAAGGCCGGCGGGCCGACUGCAUGCGAUGAGCGCCAGCGUGGCAGAUGGCGUGUGCAGUCAGCAAGUUGUCCUAGGGUUGAAGAGCAUUUGCAAGGAACUUAUCGAGAACGCGAUCGACGCCGGGGCGACAACUGUUGAAGUACGAUUCGUCGACGGAGGCAUGGAAAGCAUCGAGGUGCGCGACAACGGCUCGGGCAUCGGUCCCCAAGACUUCCCAAUGCUAGGCCGCCGUCAUGCGACUUCGAAGAUCGAUAAAUUCGAGGAUUUGUACAGCGCGCUCGAUACAAUGGGCUUCCGAGGCGAGGCUCUGGCGUCUCUCUGUGCACUGAGCGACGUGGUGAUCCUCACGCGGACUGCUUCCGAGCCUUUCGCGUCUCGCCUCGUCUUUGACCACCACGGCAACAUCGUUCAUCAAGAGCCCGCCGCAAGAGAGGUUGGGACAUCGGUGACGGUGUCGAAUCUCUUCGCCUCCUUGCCUUUGCGACGCCGCGCACUCCGCCAACAGCGACAGAAGCAUCUUCAGGACGCUCUCGCGUUUCUCCAGAAAUUUGCCUUGCUGCAUGCGGCUGACUGUCGGGUGCUAGUCACUGACUUCAUUCCCGGCGACGCGAAUCGAACGGGCGAAGGGUCGGGAUCUCAGAGACGCAAAGGCGGAAGCACAGUAACCCUGCUAAACACGCGAGGCACGGCUGCGCGCUUGAUCGACGCUGCUGUCAGCGUCUACGGCGCUCGACAGAUGCAGCAGUGUUCGCAAGUUUCUCUCAAGGGAACAGAGCCCGGGAGAGAGUGGAGCCUCGAGGUUUUGCUUUCUCGCCCGCCCCUCGGUGUACGGACGUCUUCCCUCCAGCUGUUCUUCGUGAAUAAUCGCGUCGUGGAUUUUCCUCCUCUCUUGCAGAAACUCAUCAAUAAAAAAUACCGGGAAGUCUGCAGUCGCCAGUGCUUCCCGAUCGUCAUCGCCUUCGUCGCCGUCGCGCCCCAUCUCCUCGAAGUGAACUUGAGAAAAGACAAACAGGAAGUCCUGCUGGCUGUCGAGAAGGAGAUCACGGAAGCGCUCCUGACGCCUUCUCCUUCUCUUCCGGAGUCCACGCGACUACUCACCUCGUGUCGGUCCCCUGGGAGUUUAGGGAGAAAAGAGACAUGGAAACAGGAAGAUGAUGGAGCUCUUCGAAGGGGGGAAGACAGGAAAGCCGAGCCCGAGAAAGAGGGAAGAGGCGAGACAGCUGCCGGGAGGCAUCGCGAUGAGAGAGAUCAGAAAGCCCACGAGGCCUUGGUCGAGGACCGACGCGCACCGAGACUGGAUGCAGGUUUCCCUGAAAAAGAGAACGUUGCUGAAGACAUGUUCUUGUGCACCUCUUCUUUUUCCUCUUUCGCUUCACCGCCUCCCACGUCCUCCUCCUGUGCCCCGUCUGGCCCCCCCACCGCACUCGCCAUUCUUGAGGCAGAAAGCAGAGAAGAGGCCGUGUCAGACGAAGAGCGGGGAGAGAGAAAACAAAGACUCCGCGACUCGUGCGCGUCUCCACGUUCGCCAUCAAGUGACGAAAACCUCCCCCUAUCUGUGAGGCUGAGGAAGAAACCCAGAGACCAGAGCUGUUUCCCUUCCUCUUCCUCUUCUCCUUCCUCCUCUUCCUCUUCUUCUUCCUCCUCUUCCUCUUCUUCUUCCUCCUCUUCCUCUUCUUCCUCCUCUUCCUCUUCUUCCUGCUCUUCUGCCGCUUGUCUGCAAUCCUCAUCGUUCUUUGCCAAGAAGAGAGGGAGACACUCGCUCACCGGAAAACAGGAGGAUGCAGACGGCGCAGUGUCGUGUUCUCCUUCCUCUUCUUCCUCUUCUUCCUCUUCUCCCGUUUCUCUCCCUUCUCCAUCAGUCUCUCCCGGCUCCGACACUACGUCUUCAUGGGCGGCGUCGCGCAUGCGCGCGCACGCGAAGGAAAGGAGACAAAAUGCCAAAGAGUCGGGGGACUAUGAAGAUAGAGACACAGAUGCAUGUAGAGAUGAACAAGAGAGAGAAGAGAGAGACGAAGAGAGAGAAGAGGGAGACGAAGAGAGAGACGAGGGAGACCAAGCAGAGGGAGAAGCGGGACACGAAGAGAGAGAAGAGGGAGAAGAGGACAGUGGAGGACUAAGGAGACGAAGAGAAGGAAGGAAGGGAAAGAAACACAGGAAGAAACUGAAGGGCGAGACGGAGGUCGAUCUCGUCAGCGAAGCAAAACUUUUGCGGGAAACCAUCGCCAGUGCUGUAGCAGAAUGCCACUGCACAGAAGAAGAUCUGGCGGCUCUGUAUGGAGCCGAGGGCGACUGCCGAAAUGACGAGUCGAAACACGAUCCUCGCCACUCGGUCACUUCUUCUUCCUUUCGUUUUUCGGCAUGUCCAGCUGCGUUUUCGUUUGCGUCUUCGUCAGACACGCGAGUGAUUGGGGCCUUCGAUCCCACCACCAGCAGUUUUUUUCUUGACAAACAAGCUUUCAGCGAAAUGAAGAUUGUGGGUCAGUUCAAUCGCGGGUUCAUUCUCGGCUGUCUCGUCUCUCACGCGGCCGGUAGCGAUCACACAGCUGCGGUCGGCUCUCCUGAUUUCAGAACCGACACCUCCGAUGUACAAACGGAACACGUGGGUCUUUCCUCUCCAUCUUCUUCCUUUUCUCCUUCGUCUUCCUCCUUUUCAUCUACCUCCUCUUCAUCUUCCUCCUCUUCAUCUUCCUCCUUUUCAUCUUCCUCCUCUUCAUCUUCCUCCUCUUCAUCUUCCUCCUCUUCAUCUCCUUCCUCUUCAUCUUCCUCCUCUUCAUCUCCUUCCUCUUCAUCAUCCUCCUCUUCAUCUUCUUCCUCUUCAUCUUCCUCCUCUUCAUCUUCCUCCUCUUCCUCUUCUUCUGUUUCGUUUCCAGUUUCGCGUGCGAGAGAAGUGCGGUCUCUGUUUAUCAUUGAUCAGCACGCCAGCGACGAGAAGAAGCGAUUUGAAGACUUGAAUGCGGCGUUCAAACCUGCAACUCAGCCGCUGCUUCUUCCGCUCCGGCUCCACCUGCCUGUGGACAUGGAGAGGGCUAUUUUCGAUUUCGACGCGGAAAUCCGCGCGAACGGUUUCCGAGUGAAAGUCGAGCGCAAGCGGGCGCAUGCACGGGCCGCGAAAGGCGAAGACGACGAACCAGGCGCGACUCCAGAGGAGCCCGAAGACUCCGGCGAGGAAACAUUGAUUUCGCUAGCGGGUCUGCCGGUCAUUGAGGGCCGCCAACUGAAAGAGGAAGACUUCAUUGAGUUUCUCGCCUCGCUCCUCCACGACGAAGAAGGCCACGCCACUGCGGCGCGGUGGCAAAGGAAACGGCGAAAGACGCGGCCCAAGCGGACUGCGCCUGCGCAGAGAGGAGAAGGCGACGCGCCCGACGGUCCCGAUGGUGCGAGCCUCGGAGAACGCGAACACGCGCUAGGAAGGAAAGACACAGAAGGCGACAAACACGAGAGCGAAGAAACUGAAAAGCGUGAAGAAGCGAGCGAAGAAGAGCGCGAAGAAGCGAGUGAAGAAGAGAGUGAAGAAGAGAGUGAAGAGAGAGACGACACACACGCCUUUCACCAUCGCGUGCUUCAGUGUCGACCCAAGAAGGUUUGGGAAAUCCUGGCGAGCCGAGCAUGCAGAUCGGCCAUCAUGGUAGGCGACACCCUCAGCGUCAGUCAAAUGCAGAAAGUUCUCAGCAACCUCUCGACCCUUCACCUGCCCUUCAACUGCCCUCACGGCCGCCCAACCGUCAGGCAUCUCUUCGACGUGCAACUACCAGCUGUCUAUCCAGAGGACGCGGAGGCGAACGCGGAGCGCCGGGACCGCGAGGAAGCGAAGCAAACUCUGGCGAAAGAAGAAGCGGAAACGCCGGACAAGAAAAAGGAAGAGGAAGAACGAGAGGAAGGGAACGACGCGAGAGAGCGACAGUGCAGAGAGAGAGUGGGUGGUGAGAAGCACGCGCAGGAGACAGGAGAGACGGAGGUGGAACGCGAGAAAGAAGAGGAGAGAGACGGACUGGAAAACGAAGAGUUUGCGCGGGAGAAGCGGCGAAGGCGCGCGGCGAGAACCGAACAAGGAGAGCACGAAGACGCGGCGGUUCGAGAAGAAGCAUGCAGGGAGAAAAGACCUAGAGAAGAGAAGCGGAAGCGAAGGGAGAAGAAAAAGACGAAGCGGGAGCGAUCUUCGAAAGGCCGAGAUGGAAGCCCAGCGAGGGACGAGGAUCUCGAGAAAGCAGAGAGUCCUCGGGAAGGGGAGAACGGAAAGGCCAUGCAGGAAGAUCGCGUUGAAGAAGGACAGAGAUUGUCUGAAGAAGAGGAGACGCACGCGCAGAGAAAUCUUUUUACUGUGAGGGACUGGACCGAAGAGGAUCCGGGCGCCGCCCCUGCGGCGUCGAGAGCCGACUUGAACAUUUAUGAGCUCUCCUUCUAA